AUGAUCAGUAAUGAUCAUUCGUUCGCCAGAUGUUCAGUAGUGAACAUCCUGUCAGCAACCAGAAGGAUCAGAAGUCCAGAAAUUGAAGAGGAGGAGUCCUCGAUAACCCCACAAUCGGAGGAGGAUCCCAGAUUCGGAGGAGGAUUCCACGAAGAGCCAAGAACCCGAGGAGGAGCCCACGAGGAUCCCAGAAUCGGAGGAGAAGUCCACGAGGAUCCCAGAAUCGGAGGAUUCCACGAGGAGCCAAGAACCCGAGGAGGAGCCCACGAGGAGCCAAGAACCUGA